ACGGUUUCUUUCUAUUCUUCUCUCUUUUUUAUGUAUACAUAUGUAAAAUGGCGAUUGCUGGAGUCGAAACCAUGCUGCAUGGAGCAAUAUUGCUGUGCAGGAAGCAGCUGUUGCAGUGCGCCAAGUUCAUCCAGAGCGAUGACGUCGAGUUGCCGCAAUACACAGAUCGGCGCAGGCCCCGCAGUCGAUGCUCAAAAGUAUAUCAGGUCUCGAGGGCCAUAGCUCCGCUCCACCCUCUUUUCUAUCUCUACCGCCAUCAUGUCCAGCUUUUUCUCCUCCAUCGCGAAUAAGGCUCAAUCGGCCUUGAAUAAUACUCCUCUCGCUCAGCAUAUACCCGGUAGCUCUCAUGGGGCUGGUACUUCAGGUGAAUCGGGAGGAUCAGGAGGAUCUAACAGAUACUCGCAUACCUUGGAAUCGAUCCACCAUCAAUUGAGGACAUUCCAACAACAGUACUCAAGCUCCACUACGCCAGCCCAGAAAAUCAUCACCACUCAGAAAGGCGUUGCGCUUGACCUUGAUAAUGUCUCUCGUGAUGCGCAGGCUAAUUCCAAGGAAAUAUACCUUUGGGGCCAGCAGGAAACUGACGAUUUGAAGGAUGUCACUGAUCGUAUCGCAUGGCUGAACUAUGUUCAGGGCCAGAUUGCCAGUGCUCUGGCUACUCAGCUCGAUGCCGCUCGCGCUCCGUUCAAGGUUCUACGAGAUGCCGAGACAGCAAUACAACCUCGUCGCACUCUGCGCAACAACCUCGAGAAUCAAAUUGCUAAACUGGAACAUGAGAAUAGCAAAGCUGCUACUCAGAGGAUAUCCGAGAUAAAGACCCAGUUGCAUAAGGCUCAGGUUGAUGACCACGAGGCCGAGAAGGAGAUCGAUAUACUCAAACGCAAGGCCCUCAGAGAAAGUGAGGAACUCAGGUGGAAAGCUCUCAGAGAGGUUCGUGCUCUGCACCUCUGGUGUUUCGCGAUCGAUACUAAUACAUCUAAUCAGUAUGGCGAGAAACUCGUUCUCUUGUCGCAGGCCGCUACGACUAUCCUUCCCGUCCUUCCCCCUAUCCCGUCUUCCCCCACCAUACCAUACACCGGCGCUGAAACGACCGCAAACGUCCGUGCCUCCUUACAGAGAGCACUGGACAGUUAUACCCCAGGGUCAAGCAAUCUCUCAUUCCCUGCGACGUCUGCAGCUGAUCUCCAGCGAUCAGAUACCCGUUCGUUUGGGGAGACUCACAGGAAGGAACUCGACAACAUCGGUUCGCCUGAUGCCGCGUCCCAGUCAGGUAUUCCUUUGACUCCUCCAGCAACUGCAACUUUCCCUCCUUCUGGUCCACCUCCCCAAGGCUUCUCAUCUCAACAGAGCCCCACUUCUUCAACUCAAUCUUUGAAAGCUGUUCCGGUUGCGACAACAGGGAUCUCUCAAGCCGAAAAGGCUAGCCUACCUGCGUCUUCACCCCCUCCAAGCAAUCAGUCACCUCCGCUUAACCCGGCGAAGUUGAAUCAGACUCCCGCACCGAUUCCCAUCCAGACAGAGAGUGCUUCGGCUACCGCAUCACCCGAUCCCUCUGAUCCCUCCACCAAGGUACCUUCGGUAUUGCCCACCGUCGCUGAGACAGGCGUACCGAAGUCAGCUGGCCCUGAUGGUCCUGGUCCUGCGUCCGGUUCCUUGUUGGACAUAAAGUCUGAUCGCACGCCGCCCACUCCAGUUUAUGGUGCUGCUAUACCUACCUCGGCCGUCGGUUAUGAGACUGCUGAGGAAGAGAAGAAGAGACUCGAGCGAGAAGAGCGUGAGAGACUCUUGAGGACAGGCGGUUCUGCUCCUCCGACUUCUGCGUCGGCAGGCGCUGGUGACGCUACCAAAUAUGAAAGCGCUGAAGAAGAGAAGAAAAAGUUGGAGCGGGCGGAGCGCGAACGUGUCUUGAGGGAAGGUGGUAGUGGCGGAGGUAAAGGACCAGACAACCAUGGCCCGCCACCGCCCGGAGAGGGUGAAGGGGAAUUGCCUCCAUACCAAGAAUUCUAAGUAAGACGAGGGAUUUUACAACAAUGUAUCAGUAUUGUAGUCGCUUUGGAUGGACUUCUGUCACAUGCACCAGCGUUCAUUUGUUCUUUUCCGUGCUCUCUUAUUCACACUAGCACUUGUAUCUCUAGUACCGUUGGGUUAAAUUGCACACAGAUGUAGUGCCGUUGCUCGAUGGAUGCCCGUGUUGCUUUUUAGUACAACUAGGAAAUUACCAUUUUCGGCCCC